AUGAGAGGAGCAUGGCGAGGCCAGGCCAGGGGAGCGAUGGUGGGAGACACUGAUGAGGCGGUCAGUGGAGGCCAUAGGGGAGCAGCAGAGGCUUUGAGUGGCUCAGAGGAAUUGGGAUGGAAAUGGGACGGAACAACAAGAAGAACUAGAGGAGGAGCAGGAACAGGAGAAAAAGAUGGGAACUCCCAUCAUUCCAAGCUGAGAAAUAAGCUGUGUGAGGCUCUGGAGGUUGUGCUAUGA